ACUAUGACAGCAACAGCUGCUGUAAGUCCAAGCGAAUACCUCCAGCCGGCUGCGGCCACCACCCAGGAUGCACAGCCCUCUCCUCUGGCUCUACUUGCAGCCACAUGCAGUAAGAUUGGUCCGCCAGCUGUUGAAGCAGCACCGCCAGCACCCUCUCGAGCACGCAAAAGACUGGUACCCAUAAAGCCUGCCCCACUACCCAUGAGUCCAGCCAGGGCUGGCAUUGGACUGUUGUCUCCAAAAGGCAAUAUUAUCCAGAUACAGAGUCCCCAGAUGAACGCAGCUGGACCAGGUAGCGGGCAGCUCAUCUUCACCAUCCAGAAUCCAGUUUCCAAGGGUAACAGAUACCAGACUUUGCAGACCCCCAGCCAAACAUUGUCCAUGCCACAAAACCUGGGUAAUCAGUUACAGAUCUUUACUGAUGGAACAGCUGUGCUCACACCAACAACCAACUCUUCAAAACAUGUGCCCAUUAAACCAGCACCCCCACAAAAGACCAACAACCUGAUAAAAGUAACAGGCAAUUCUAGCAACAGUGUCACUCUGGCACUGCCGCUUAGUAGCCUGGGAGACUCCACCACAGAGACUGGCAGUCAACUUCUACCAGCGAAGCAGAGCAAAAAACUGCGCAAGAAGCCUCCUCCAUCAGGACCAGCCCCUGGAUCUCCUACCCAGGAACAGAUGGAAACCGUGUUAAUUGAGACCACCGCAGAAAACAUUCUGCAAGCGGGUAACAACCUGCUCAUUGUACAGAGCCCAGGUACAGGGCAGCAUGCUGUACUUCAGGUGGUACAGCCCAAAACUGACACUCAGUUGGUGCAAAUUCCCCAACAGGCACUAAGAGUGGUACAAGCUGCUUCUGCCACAUUACCAACGGUGCCACAGAAACCAGCGCAGUGUGUGCAGAAUCCUGAUCCGUAUCCCACUCAGAUAUAUGUUCGCACAGCUUCUGGGGACUUACAGGCUCUUGUGGUGCAAGAAAGUGCACCUGCUCCACAACCAUGCACCUCAGGGGGCACAGGUUCUUUGGGUGGUCCGUCUCCCACGCCCACUCCCACCAAGAAGAACCUCACCCGCAAAGAAAGGCCAUUACCCAAAAUCGCACCAGCAGGGGGCAUUAUCAAUCUGAAUUCAGCACAGCUGGCAGCUGCUGCCCAGGCUAUGCAGACCAUUAGUAUAAAUGGCCUUCCAAUGCAAGGUGUGCCUGUCACCAUCACGAACAAUGGAGGUCAGCCUCAGCUUAGUGUGCAGAAUGUGUCCAGCGGUAACGUUGCCAUCAGCGGUCUCAGCCCAUCCCAGAUUCAGCUGCAGAUGGAGCAGGCCUUGUCUGGGGAACUACAACCUGGAGAAAAACGGAGGAGAGUGGCCUGUACCUGCCCAAACUGCAAGGAUGGGGAAAAGGGGUGGGGUCCCCCUGGCAGAAAGAAGCAUGUGUGUCACAUCCCCGAGUGUGGGAGAACGUUCCGCAAGACAUCCCUCCUGAGAGCCCAUGUUCGCUUGCACACCGGGGAGAGGCCGUUCGUGUGCAACUGGGGAUUCUGUACAAAGAGGUUCACCCGCAGUGAUGAGCUGCAGAGGCACGCACGCACGCACACAGGUGACAAACGCUUUGAAUGCCCCCACUGUCAGAAGAGGUUCACACGGAGCGACCACGUCUCAAAGCACUUCAAGACACACCUUGUGGCCAAGAAGAUGUAACGCUCACGGAGCCUAAAACGCAGGACUCCUCAUUUGACGCUGUGGAAACUCCCGAACAUGUUGUGUAGGCCACACCGCCCGAAAUACCUGGGAUCCCAAAAUUGCCAUCGGUCCCGUUACGGGCCUCUGCCUGAGAUUGCCAUUAGUAAUAAGUACCACUCUCUGCCUGUUACAUAGCAGCUGGGGAGUUUCGGUAGCGAGAAAAGGUGUUUUUUCGCCAAGAAUGUGCAAUUUAUGAUAAGGGACUGGUUGUGACUCCCUGGUCCAUCGUUGCCCUCCAUUAAAGCCUUGCACCAUUAGAAGGCCAGUUGAAGAGCGUUUGAUGAGUGUAAUGCAGGACUGUGGCUACCAGGAGGACUUAACCAGGGAAGAGGCACAAAGUGUGUACGUAAUGUGACAGUUGGGCUAGAACAUUCCCACUUUUAUACUGCCCCUGCAGGAAGGUGCCUUAUUACCCCCUCCUUCCCCCAAAAAUCAUGUAAAAGCUUAUUUGUAGUUGCGCUAAUCUACCUUUCUACUCAAGUCUUUUUGGAAGGUGUUCUUUGCAAGUAGAUGCACUAGUAAUUGCUGCAAUCGCAUCCCCUAUUCAGGUGGUCUGUGCCAGCAACCUCCCCAACCUCUUAAGAUUUACUGCCCUGACCCAAUAUCUUCCUUGCGGGCAGUAGUGCCAGAAGUCACCAUCUAAGCACUGUGUAUAACACAUGUUGUAUCAACAAUUAUGUUGGUUAAAUUAAAGAGGUGAUUAACUUUG